AUGUUCUCUCUUCUUCAGUCUCUAUGGGAAGCUGCUCGGACUGGAUACUGGGAUGAGCUGGUCCUCUUCCUGCAAUCAGUCUCCAGGAAAUACGGUUCCAAGGCCAUUCGUUCAGGCAAGAUCUCGAAAGAUCCACGGAAGAUCUUGAACAGUGGCUUUCGCGCACUCGGUGGCUCGAAAGCUGUAAAGUACACCUUCACUUCACAAAGGGUGAGUCUGAAGCUUUUGGUUCCAUCCUUGACGUUCCAUUGCCUUGUGUGCAAUGUCGGGCUGACGCAGCUGGUGUCCCUGGCCAUGCGCAUCUCAAGCGAUGAGCACACCUUCCAUGACGAUGAUCUGGACAGCCGGACACCUCCAGCCAGGCAGAUUUCUGGCCACCUGUUGCUCCUGCCACCACGGAGCCUGAUUUGCAGGCAAGUUCAACCGGCCCAGUUUGAGGGCUCCCGAAGCAUUGAAGGGAGCCCUUCCCAUGGCGAAAGAGGUGAGGGCAGCGGCGGCAGUGGUGGAGAGGCUGCAGAGGCCGAGCCUGCUGAGAAGGAGCCCUUGUCGCAGCAAGAGGAGGAGGAGGGCGUCUUCGAGAUCCGAGACUUCACCAACGCCUCAGCCUUCGAGCGCCUGUCGCACCAGAUCUCCCUGGCGGCGAAGCGCUGGGCCGCGGCUCUCCAGGAUGCACAGAUGCAGGCAGGAAGUAGCGAGGAUGUGCUGCAGAUGAAGGAGAGCUUCGAACAUGCCAACUUUCGGUAUGAGCUGUUCUUCCACCUAGCACCUCUGGGAGCUGCAGAGAAGAAGGAUCGCCUGGGACUUCACGCGUUUCCGACACGAGCCCACCGAGUGCAGAGGUGGUUCGGGGUGAGGCACUUCGUCUUCGUUUCACUCCACAAUCACAACAUCGACAUCGACAGUGCCAGGACCAUGUUAGGUGCCGCGGCCCUCGCAGUCCGGAGCGCAAGCUUCUUGGUCCCUCUGAGCUGCUUCGUUCCAAUUGACGGAGGCCGGCGGCGUGUCUUGGGCGAGUUGCUCGACAGCAGAUGCCGUGUCGUCUAUACGACCGACCUCCAGCACACCGUCAGCGGUUCUUUCGACAACCUUUCGGGACUGGCAGACUUCUUUUGGCAGAAGUUAGAAGCGAAUCCAGAGGAUCCGUUGAACAGUCUCAUGGUCGGGGCACGUUUCACGUACUCGGCAGACACCUUCGAUGCACUGCCCAGUGCACGGCACGGAGAGGAUCCAGUCGAGUCCUGCAAGCUGCACUGUCUUUGGCCGUCCUUUCCCUUCGGGGCCUUCGGCGACGACUCCAACUUCUCAGAGCUGGAUGCCAGGGUUGCUCCGUUCUGGAAGCUCCGUGUGCUUCGGAAGGAUUCCACGUCCCUGCCCCUAACCGGCAGGCUGCGUUCCCUGCUAAACUUCCGAAAGGAAGCACUCACUGUUCGUUCUGCAGAACAUAGCCUGCAGCCAGCCGUGCCGAAGACUGCCAUGGCUUCCCUCACGGCUACCAUCCAGGAGUCCUUAGAAUCCAUCUUGCUUCCGACAGCCGGUGAGAUGCUAGAAAUGGUGGAGAGCUGCAUGAGCUACCCGAUCUACCCGGCUUUCCAAGAGAAUCCUGGAGCCUCGGAUCCUCUCCGGGCAGUGCAGGGAGCCCGGCCAGGUGACCGGCUAUCACGCUUGGCAGAGCUGAGCUCGGGCAUGCGGUGCUUCAAGGGAAGUGUGAUGCUCUGGUGCGGCAUCCUGGCGCGCAUGCGGAGCCAGUGGGAUGCCUUAGAAGCACCAUUAUCCCCCGAAGCGCCCACGCACAGAGUCAAUGCCAGGGGCACGCGCACGGAAUUCUUCGACCGGAGCGUCUGCCUGGUUCAGCAGAAGAUGGAGCUGCUCGAACGGAGUAUCGUUGAGCAGCAGAGGUAUCUGCGAGGCGCCUCACAGCCCGAAGCUUUCUACCUUGCAGCCAAUGGCGAGCAGCGGCGUGCGCCGGAGCUUCUGCCACCCUCUCUGCUGACCGAGGACGUGCUCCUACAGCGGGACACGGCCUCUGCCAGCCUGGACUCUGUGGAGCGGGCCGAGCUCUGUGGCAAGGAGAUGCGCAGCGACAUGGCGGCCUUCAAGGAGGGCGAGACCUCUUCGAGCUUCUCAGACUUCGUCUACUGGCGCCAGUCGGUGCUGGGUCUGAGCAUGGAUCCAUUCCCCGAGGACUGGCUUCAGCAGCUUUGGGACGAGACAGAACCGAAGCGACGCUCCAAGCAGGAAAGUUGA